UUUACUUUGACCACAGCUCGCUGGUGACCGGCCUCUCGUCCCUCUGCUGCCCGCCUCAAGCAUCACCUCCUCCCGCCUCCCGGCUCCCGACUCCCCGCUGUCCUGCCCUUCAAUGGCUCAUCCAACCGCCGCCACACCGGAUCUAACUAUAGAGGCUGGAAAAGACGGUGGAGAAGUGGGUGGCAAACCAGACUACAUCGCCUUCGUCCUGGUGCCCACGUUCUUCCUCUUGGGCCUGUUGGGGGUGGUGAUCUGCCACGUGCUGAAGAGGAAAGGCUACCGCUGCACCACCGAGGCCGAGGAGGACGACGACGUCUUUCAGGAAGAUAAAGAAAAGGAUGCAGAGAUGGGUGAAGAGAACGACACCCUCAGUGAAAACAAUGACACAGUCGGACAGAUUGUUCAUUACAUCAUGAAAAACGAAGCAAACUCGGACGCCCUGAAAGCCAUGGUUCGUGACAACAGUAUUGAUUCUGACGGUCCUCCUCUCACUCCGACCUCCCCGGGCACCCCGACCCCCCCCAUGACUCCCAUCUCACCCGGGGCGCCCCCUGGAGCCGCCAAGCACACCUGCAACCACCUGCACACCAUCGGAGGCCCUGGCGGCCUGAAGAACACCUGCUCGCGCUGCAGCCAGAAGAAGUGGCCGCUGCUGAGGAGGAUGUCGGCGCGCAAGUCGGAGCAUCGGCGCAGCCAGCACGGAGAGGUCACGGUCCUGGCCGUGGGCAGGUUCCGUGUGACAAAGUGUGAAAGAUCAACCAGGGAGAGGCGCACUCUGUUAAUAUCAGACUCCAAUGGGAGUGUCCCCACAUCCCCAACGUCCCCAACGUCCCCCACAGAGGUGACGGAGCCCAAGAGCCGGACGACGUCCGAGUCCCAGCAGAAAAUAAACAAACCCUUUAGUGUGGAGGACUGA